UUUAAACGCAUCGCAUAAAGCAUAUGAAACUCAAGUCUAGUGCGAUGAAACUUAAUUUUGUUUUGAUUGUGAAUUUUAUAAUUAAAUGCUAGAGAAAUUAUUUGUCAUCAAAUGAAUGAUGAAUUUUCUAAAGCGUCUAACAUUCAGUAGUAAAUUUUAUAAACACUCUACAGUUAUACGAUCUUUGUGUAAUUUAAACAACUUUGGUGAAAAUGAUUACAACUUUCAUGAAUUACUAACACCUGAUCCAGAGUAUGACGCUUUAAGACGAAAUUAUAUUGUUGAUGGUCGUAAAGCCCAUUCCGUUCUGGUUUGUCAACCUUAUAUAAGGUUUCCCACCGACAUUGAUGAUAAACCAAAAAGUACACCUCAGCUGCAAUUAAAAGAAUCAAUCAGUUUGAUCCAUAGUAUUCCUAAAUGGAGAGUAAGUGAUGCUGGAUUAUUUGGUGUGAAUGAUUUUCACAAACCGCUAUUCUUCUCGGAAAAAACUGUCGAAGAAAUAGAUGGUCGAAUCAAAGGAUCAUCUACUACAGGAUUAUUUAUUGCUGCUGAUCGACUUCUAGGGAAACAGCAAUAUGAAUUGGAAAAUGUCUUAAAGGUUCCAGUGUUUGAUAGAUACUCCAUUAUUCUGGAAAUUUUUAAAAAUCAUGCAACUUCUGCUGAAGCUCAAAUUCAGUUAGGAUUGGCUGAAAUUUUGUAUUUAAAGUCAAGAGUCAACCAAUAUGCACCAGAAGUUCGUGGAGAUAAAUAUAGUACUGGGAAAACUGCCGGAGGAUCAGGCAUGACAGCUCGACAAAGAUAUCGAAAACUUUUGGAAAGUCGAACGAAAGUAUUGAAAAAAGCUUCAGAGAAACUUGAAGCAAACAAAGAACGCCUUAGAUUAAGAAGAAAAGAGCUUCAAUAUCCAAUAGUCUCUGUAAUUGGUUACACUAAUUCUGGUAAAACAAGUCUCAUCAAAGCCCUAAGUCAAGAUGGAAAAUUAUCACCUGAAGAUCGAUUAUUUGCAACUCUAGAAGUUACUGCUCAUCCAGUUAAGCUACCAUCAUUGCGUAAAGUAUUGUUUUUAGAUUCUGUCGGUUUCAUCGCAAAUAUACCGAAAGAAUUAAUCGAUUCUUUCAAUGUAACAUUUAAAGAAGUUGCUAAUUCGGAUUUGCUGUUGCACAUUUAUGAUGCUAGUCACCCUGAUUUAGCUAACCAGAAGUUCACAGUGCUCAAAACUUUGGACUAUUUGAAAUUUAACCCUAACCUUGUUUCUUCUAUGAUUAACGUAGCCAACAAAAUUGAUCUGAUUGAUGAUUCUUCAUCAGAAAACUCUACUGCUAUCGAAGAAGGAGAUAUUCCUGUAUCUGUUACUGAGGGUCAAAACUUAAAAUCUUUAAUCGAAAAAAUUGAUACCAAACUAACUCAAGUAACUGGCCAGCAAAUUGUUAAAGUUAAAGUGCCAAAUGGAGGUGAGGAACUGAGUUGGUUACAUCGAGAAACUACAAUUCAGUCUAUUGAGCCUGAUGCCGAUGCCAACUUUCUAAUUGUUAGAGCUACAAUGAACGAUGUGCAACGAAAACGCUUUGUUGCAUACUUUAGAAGAGGAAAAAAAUGACUUUUGAAUAUUUGUGCCUUUUGUAAAUUAAUUAUAAAAUGUAAAUAAGAUUGAUAGUAUCUUACAAAA